AUGAGAAGAAGCCCAGUGAUUCUAUUUUUACGGAGACUUCACGGAGGAAAAGAGAAGGUUUCUGAUCAUUCCGAAGCCUUACGGAGUAUCAUGCGUUGGUGAACCUCAAAAAGAAGGGGGAGUGUUUGAAAAUAGCGUCUUCAAUAGAAAGGAUCCAGAUGAAGUUCCUCUGAAGAAAGUGGUCAACCAAGGUGUUACUAUUUCGGAAUGUAUACCAGGACUAUCUCGAUUAUUCAACGAACCCCAACUAAUGUUCUGCACUGGACUCAAAAGGUAUCUGUCCGGUGCGAUUGUGUUGCCAGCAUGUAGUGCCGAUUUCGAGAAUAUUAAGAACAGCAUCAAAUAUGCUGCCGGAAAACCAGCCAACUGCUCUCCUCAUUAUAGAGCAUUAGCCCUCCUCGUGUCAUCACCUCCAAACUCUACUGGAUCGUUGAGUGGCUAUGCUACUUUUCAGUCCAACGGCAAAGUCUCUGAGUACAUUUUUGUGGAGCAAAAUGCUGGAAGACGGGCACGUACUGGUAAAUUCGCUGUCGCUGGUUCCAUGGAAUGGCGAGUUCUAAGCGAACGCUAUGGUUGUUCGUUGGUGGAGUUUACAGUGGAUAAAUUUGCCCGCCAUCUUCCGCGUCUAAUGUUCUCACACAUGCUAUGUCCAAUCCUUGGAGACGAACUGUACGGGAAUCGUCUUAUCGAAAUCGAUGGCAAACCGGCAACGGUCCAGCCCAAGGAUUUACGACGUGUGAGGAACGCUCGGUACUUCCCUAAAGCCCUCACGGAUCAUCUUGGGGUUACUGCAGCGGAAUUGCAGAGGGUGAUGCCUCUCUAUUGCCACGUGCAUUCCACGUUCUUUCCGCGUUAUGGUUGGAAGGUCGGUCGACCGAAGAGAGAACAGGACUUUGCUGAUCUCUAUGCCAACAUUCCGCCCCCACAGCACUUUCUGGCUAUGGCGGAAGCGCUAGGAAUGAACGAUGCACUAAUGAAGUAUUUCCAAGACGACGAUGACGACGGUGAACAACUGAUCGGUGGAGAUGAGAAGCUCUGA